AAAGUUUAUAUAGUUAUAUCUCUACUUAAUAAUAUUUAACUUAUCAGUAAUAUUGUUAAAGUUCUAAAUUGAGAUGAUGAGGAAGAUUUUAUCGGUAGUGUUGGUUGUGAUGGUGACAUUAUUGGUGGUUAUAGCGCCAAUACCAAUGGUGAAAGCAAUGAGUGCAAAGCAGUGCAAAGAGGAGAGGACUCAGUUGGUGAACGAGUGCAGGCCAGUGAUAUAUGGGCAAGACCCCUCCAACAACUGUUGUCAACGUGUGAGGGUUCUCCACGUGGAGUGUAUGUGCCCCUAUGUCACUCCAAAGUUUGCCAAACUCAUUAAUCUUGCACGAACAGCAAAACAAAUCCGAAGUUGUGGAAGAAACAUUCCCCACAACUUCAAAUGUGGCAGUGCUACUUUGCCAUGAUCAUCAGAAAAAAUGCCCCACAUCGAACACCUUAAGUUUGCUUUCAAUUUAUCUCUGACCAAUCAUGUUAUUGGGUUAUAUGUAUGUGUUGUAAUAACAGAGAGAAUUGUGUUCUCUAAAUUAUUGGUUAUAAUUAAGCAUAUGAAUAAAAUUUAA